AUGGAAGAUUUCUAUGUUUAAUUUAAAGAGUUUUAUGAUAAAGUUAAAGACAUCACAAAUGUUAGAUUUACCUAUAUGAAAGAAUUGUAUAAUUUAGGAUUAGAAUAAUUCCCUGAUAACCUAGAAAUAUUAAACUUUCAAAAGAAUAACCAAGUAAGUAUGCAAUCAGGAAACACAAAAUUAAAAAAGAACUGGUCAGAUGAUGAUAAAAGAGUAUUAAUAUGGAUAAUUGGAAAGUAUAUGGCUUACAACAAAAGAGAUUUCAAACAAAUUGUAACAUUUUUCAAUUAUAAUCUAACAAUAGUGUGAAGAUGAUUGGUAGACUAUAUCAUCAAUGAUGUUGAGAAGAGACUCUUUCCAAUGUAAAUAAAAAUGGCUAUAGAUGUUAAAAUUACCUCUUCAAUAAGCUCCUUGGGGACAAAAUGAAGACGAAGCUUUAGUUGGGAUUAUAAGUGAGUUUUAAGCUCAGAACAAAGGAAAUAAAUGGAGUUAAAUUGCUACUGAACUUAAUAAAACUACAGGUCUUAAUGUUCAUAGAAAUGGAAAGUAAUGCAGAGAAAGAUGGAAUAAUCACUUAAACCCAUCGAUAAAUAGGUAAUAAAUUAUUAUUAAUAAAUAGAAAUCCAUGGUAAUAAUUAGAAGAUUUAGAACUUAUGAGAUUGGCCAUUUAAAAUGGAAAAAAAUGGGCAUUAAUUUCAAAAAAGUUGAAAUUAUAAAGAAGUGAAAACAAUGUAAAAAAUAGAUUCAAUUGUUUAAUGAGAAAAGAAAAAAGCGGCAAAAAUAUACCUUAAUCUUAAGAUGAAAGUGAUAAUGACAAUUAAGAAUCUUAUUUAUCAGAUCCAUCAGCUGAAGAGUUAAGUCCAGAAGAAAUUAAAUAAAUUUAAGCAAUAAUAAAGAAGAUUGAAUGGAGAAUGAAAUAAGAUGGAUCUUCUUAUGAAAUUAAACAAGAACAUUAAGAUUAAGUAUCAAAAAAAGUUUAAUUGGAUAGAAGAGCUCUAAAAAACAAAUAAUAGCAAUAGGAUGAACAAAACAACAAUAAAAUUUAAAAUGUGAACAAUUUCAACAAUAUAAAUAUUAAUAUUGAGAAUUUUACACCUUCUAAUUUGAACUAAA